AUGAAUGAAACGAAAAUGUUAGGCUUAUCAUUUAAUGUACAAAAAUUAAAAUUUCAAGAUAAUGUUUCUAUUGGCGGAAAAAUAACAGCGAAUGUUAAGUUUUUGAAUUACAAGGAACAGAAAAUAUUUGAACCAGUUAUUCCUUCUUCGAAUCCAAUGUUUUUGUAUACCGGGAGAUUGUUUACAUUUGGAAUUAAUCGUAACACUAAAUCUGAAUUAUAUAAACAGUUCAUCGUGUACGUAAAUCUACAUCAAACUGAUCCAGACAAAAAACUAUCAGAAGCUGCUGUCGAUGUGACUAACAUUUUCCGUGAUAUGUUUUGCAAAGACCCUACUCCAGAUGAUAUACCGACACAGGUGAAAACCAUUAUACGAUUCAAUGAUGAUGCGGAUAAACAUAUAGCCACUAUGGAUAUUCUCAUCAGUAUUAUUCCAGAAGGAUUGAACCCUGUCGCUCAUUUGCCUUUGGAUAUAGACAUAAAUAAUCAGUUUAUCAAUACAAUAAACGAUUGUCAUAUAUGUCCAAACGUAUCAGAUCUUAAAUGUACCGAUGAUAACGAGCACAGUGAUGAAGGUGAAUGGGAUAUGAUUAGAGCGGAACUCAAAAAUAAACAUUCAAUUGCUAUUAAAUUUAAAAGGAAUUAUUAUUCGUUUCAACCAACGCAACCUGAGGAACAAUGUGAAGUAGAAGAAGUUCGCACCACUAAAAGCGAAGAAAAACUAAAUUGUCAUAUGCUCGACUUACUAUCAGAUAUGCAUAAUCUAAUAUCAAAAAAUCCAAAA